AUGUUCGACAGACGAACGGCGACGGCGGUGCAAGCGGUGGCGAACGUGGUGAAGACGUCGCUCGGACCGGUGGGGUUGGACAAGAUGUUGGUUGAUGAUAUCGGAGACGUGACCAUCACGAAUGAUGGGGCGACGAUCCUGAAGUUGCUCGAGGUGGAGCAUCCGGCGGCGAAGAUCUUGGUCGAGCUCGCGGAGCUCCAGGACCGCGAGGUCGGAGACGGGACCACGACUGUGGUGAUUCUCGCCGCUGAACUUCUGAAGCGAGCGAACGAGUUGGUUCGUAAUAAGAUUCACCCGACGAACAUCAUCGCCGGGUACAGGAAAGCGAUGCGAGAGAGCGUGAAGUACAUCGAUGGCGUGUUGGCUCGCCGCGUGGACUCUCUUGGAAAGCAGGCCCUUCUUCAGUGCGCAAAGACGAGCAUGAGCUCAAAGAUCAUCGGCGCUGAGGAAGACUUUUUCUCUAACUUGGUCGUGGAGGCGUGCAUGGCGGUCAAGACGUACGACGACAUGGGAGACGUGAAGUAUCCGAUCAGGGCGAUCAACAUUUUGAAGGCGCACGGGAAGAGCCUCAAGGAGUCAACGGUGCUUCACGGUUACGCGCUGAACCUUGGUCGCGCCGCGGAGGGGAUGCCCAAGUUGGUGAAAAAUGCUAAAAUUGCGUGUAUCGAUUUCAAUUUGCAGAAGACGAAAAUGUUGAUGGGAAUUCAGGUGCUGGUGACGGAUCCGAGAGAACUCGAGAAGAUUCGGGAACAAGAGUUUGAGAUCACCGCCAAGCGCAUCCAGAUGAUUCUGGCAGCCGGUGCGAACGUCGUACUUUGUACCAAGGGUAUUGACGAUAUGGCGCUGAAGUACUUCGUGGAGGCGGGUGCGAUUGCGUGCCGACGAGUCAAUCGGGACGACCUGCGUCGCGUCGCAAAGGCUACUGGGGCCCAGAUGAUGCUUUCUCUGUCUGACAUGGACGGAGGUGAGACUUUUGAUGCGUCCAUGCUCGGAACCGCGGGCGAGGUGGUGGAGCAGCGGGUGGCUGAUGACGACAUGAUUGUCAUCAAGGAAUGUGCGACUACGCAGUCGUGCACGGUCCUCUUGCGGGGUGCGAAUGACUACAUGUUGGAUGAAAUUGAUCGCUCUGUGCACGAUGCCCUGUGCAUUGUGAAGCGAACUCUCGAGAGUGGCAACGUCGUUGCCGGCGGUGGGGCUGUCGAGGCCGCGUUGAGUAUUUACUUGGAGAAUAUGGCGACGACACUCGGAAGUCGAGAGCAGCUGGCGAUCGCGGAGUUUGCGCAAGCCCUCUUGGUCAUCCCCAAGGUGCUCACGGUGAACGCCGCGAAGGAUUCGACGGAGCUCGUUGCCAAGCUUCGAGCCAUUCAUCACGAGGCGCAAUCUCAGGAAGGCAAAGAACAUCUCAACGGUAUGGGCUUGGACCUUGUUCAAGGCGAGGUUCGCGACAACCUCGCGAGCGGUGUGCUCGAACCCUCUUUGAGCAAGGUGAAGAGUAUUCAGUUUGCUACCGAAGCAGCUAUCACAAUUCUUCGAAUCGAUGAUUUGAUUCGCCUCGAGCCAGAGCAAGAGGGGUAG